UGGUGGAGCAGCAGCUGCUGUGCUGUAGGAGGGCAGUCUCCUUCUCUCCUUCUCACAGGGCUCUCUCUCUCUGACAGACUGCCUGUAUAAGGAAUCUAACCAGAUCUCCUUCAGAUCACUCCCUGCCUGCCACCUCACAAAAAGUUUUUCUUAUAUUGGACCCCAGAUCCUGAGAAGCAUCAUGUCGGGUGGCCGUUACCGAGGAUCAAUAAAAGAUUACCCAGACUUUGAUGCCAAUCAGGAUGCAGAGAUUCUCUACAAGGCAAUGAAAGGGUUUGGCAGUGAUAAAGAAGCCAUCUUGGAUCUUAUUGCCUCCCGCAGCAACCACCAGCGCAUCCAGAUUACCCAGGCAUACAAAUCCUUGUAUGGGAAGGAUCUUAUUGAUGACCUUAAAUAUGAACUCACAGGCAAGUUUGAGAGGCUGAUUGUUGGACUGAUGCGCCCCCCUCCUUAUUUUGAUGCCAAAGAAAUCAAGGAUGCCCUAGCUGGUGCCGGCACUGAUGAGAAAUGUCUCAUUGAGAUUUUGGCAUCUCGGAACAACCAAGAGGUUCAUGCCCUGGCGGCGGCCUACAAAGAUGCAUAUGACAGAGACCUGGAGACCGAUGUCAUCAAAGACACGAGCGGCCACUUUAAGAAAAUGUUGAUUGUACUGCUACAGGGCACACGAGAAGAAGACGAUGUGGUCAGUGAAGACCUGGUAGAGCAAGACGCUCAGGAUUUAUUUGAAGCUGGAGAACAAAAAUGGGGCACAGAUGAGGCUCAGUUCAUCUUCAUCUUGGGAAGCCGAAGCAAGCAACAUCUUCAUCUAGUAUUUGAUAAGUACCAGGAAAUAUCAGGAAAAACUAUAGAGGAAAGCAUAAAAGCGGAACUUUCGGGGGAUUUUCAAGAUCUUAUGCUGGCUGUGGUCAAAUGCAUUAGAAGCACCAGGGAAUAUUUUGCGACUAGACUUUACAAAUCGAUGAAGGGAAUGGGUACUGCUGACAAUACUCUUAUCCGGAUAAUGGUUUCUCGGAGUGAGAUUGACAUGUUGAACAUUAGGGAGUCCUUCCGGACCAAAUAUCAAAAGUCUCUUUUCUCCAUGAUCAAGAACGAUACAUCAGGGGAAUAUAAGAAGACCCUUUUGAAGCUCUGUGGGGGAGAUGAUGACGCCCCUGGGGAGUUUUUUCCAGAAGCAGCUCAGGCGGCCUAUCAGAACUGGGAGCUUAGCGCUGCCACUGCGAGACGUUUGGAGCUAAAAGGAACGGUGCACCCUGCUGAGAACUUCCAUGCAGAUAACGAUGGCAAAGCCCUGAGAAAGGCAAUGAAAGGAUUUGGUACGGAUGAAGGUACCAUCAUUGAUAUCAUUACUAAACGUAGUAAUGCUCAGCGCCAAGAGAUCUUGAAGGCAUUUAAAUCCCACUUUGGCCGGGAUCUGAUGGCAGACCUGAAGUCAGAGAUGUCUGGCACCUUAGCCAAAGUGAUCCUUGGUCUCGUGAUGACACCUGCACAGUUUGAUGCCAAGCAGCUAAACAAGGCCAUGGCGGGAGCUGGCACAGAUGAGAAAGUCUUAACUGAAAUCUUGGCCACAAGGACCAAUGAUGAGAUCCAGGCCAUCAAUGCAGCUUAUCAAGAAGCCUUCCACAAGUCUUUGGAAGAUGCCAUAAGCUCAGACACAUCUGGACAUUUCAAGAGGAUCCUGACAUCAUUGGCACUGGGUAACAGGGAUGAGGCCGGUGAGGACCUUGAUAAAGCAGUGGAUGAUGCAAAGAUCCUUGCUUCAGUUCUGGAGAUCUCAGACUCUGGAUCUGGUGAGGCUAGCUCGCUUGAGACAAGAUUCAUGACCAUCCUGUGUACUCGGAGCUACAUACAUUUGCGAAGAGUUUUCCAGGAGUUUAUCAAGCAGACAAAUCACGAUGUGGAACAUAUCAUUAAGAAAGAGAUGUCUGGAGAUGUAAAGGAUGCAUUUGUGGCCAUUGUACGCAGUGUGAAGAACAAACCGGCCUUCUUCGCAGAGAGACUUUAUAAAGCAAUGAAGGGGGCAGGGACAGAUGAGAGGACCCUCACAAGGAUUCUGGUAUCCAGGAGUGAAAUUGACCUACUGAAUAUCCGGCACGAGUUUAAGAGUCUGUAUGAGAAAUCACUACACCACUGUAUUGAGAGUGAAACAUCUGGGGAUUAUCGUAAAGCCUUGCUGUCACUUUGUGGUGGUGAUGACUAAACAAGAAAAUCCGUUUCAUCUGAUCCCUGUCUGUGGCCCUCUGGGGCCCACGCACCAAAUGUGUUUGUGUUAGCUAGAUCCUGGAGCUGGCGAGUAACUGAAGAAUGCUCACGGUGACUAGAAGAGAGCACCAAUUAAAUACACAGAAUGGGACAUGGGUGGGAGGGAAGGGAGAGGCUACGUUUGGUCGAUCAUCUCUCUCAGGGGGUCUCACAGAAGAGAUAUUACUGUUAUUUUCCUGUAACCAAAGAAUUUCCCAAAUUUCCCAAACACAUGGGUAUCUAACCAAAGAGAAGUAAAGGUUCUUAAAGAGGA